AUGGAUACCGCCAAUCCUGUGAUGGAUGCUGCCCAAAGCUCGGGAGAUGUCCCCAAGAAAAAGAAGAGGAAUAAGAGCUUUCGAAAGGAACUCCGCAAGCUCGGGCUUCCUGUGCCACCCCUCCCUCCCCGAGGAAGAGAUCCCGCUCUGCCGCCGAAGGCUAAGCGCAAGCGUUCGUAUCGCCGCCCAAGCAGACACCGGGCCAACAAGGCAAAGCGCUUGAAGGCAGCAGAGAAGGCCCAGACCGAGGGCUUUGCCGAAUCUGUUCCUCAGCCAUACGGAGCAGAUGCCAAGAGCGACGGUGAAGGCUCCAAGCAGACUUCCACGGACAAGGAUUCUGAAGAAGACUGUGUCGAUGAGUGCGAUGGCUGGGAGACCGACGAGAACGACGCUGAGGAGGAAUACACUCAUCAGGGUGAGUCUCUGACAGACGACGCUAAAGAGAUCCAAGCCGUGGACCACCAGGUCCAGUUCCAACAGAUCCAAGUCGAUGAGCACCAGAUCCAAGCCGAGGAGCACCAGAUCCAAGAGCCCCAGGUCCAACAGUACGAGGAAGAAGAUUCCGAAGAAGAGUACCUGCCUUAUGGAAGAUACGACGAUCCAUACCCGAGCUAUGAGCUCCAGGAGUCCUACAACCAUGACUACCAGCCUGGAGAAGAACGGCCCACCCGCAUUCCUUGGCACACGAGCUUUCGUGAUUGCUAUGCCCAGCGGGAUCAGGAACGACGCGCCCGGGAGGAAGCUACUCCUACUACGGACUGGAAUCCUGCCGACCCAUUGGGCCUGUUUGAUGAACUUGAGGGGCCUCUCGAUUGGUCUUCCCAAGGCCUCUUCGACUAG